CUCUCUCUCUCUCUCUCUCUCUCUCUCUCUCUCGUUCUAUAUAACGAGGCUCGAAUCCCUAGGUUUUCAUAUGCUUCAUCCCCGAAGUCGUCCUUCCAAUCUCGACAAUGGGCGGCGACCAUGGAUCGAAGGCCGAGAUCUCCUUUGGCGGACGCUUGGCCAGCAGCGCCAUCGCCGCUUGUUUCGCUGAGUUGUGUACCAUCCCUUUGGACACUGCGAAAGUGAGGCUUCAGCUUCAGAAGAAGGGAGCAUCAGGGGAUGGGUUUGCUAUACCGAAAUACCGAGGAAUGUUGGGUACUGUUGCUACGAUUGCGAGAGAAGAAGGCAUGGCUGCGCUUUGGAAGGGCAUUGUUCCUGGUUUGCAUCGUCAAUGCAUUUUCGGUGGGCUUCGAAUUGGGUUGUAUGAGCCAGUGAGAAACUUCUAUGUUGGUGAUAAUUUUGUUGGAGAUGUUCCUUUGUCUAAGAAAAUACUUGCCGGGCUGACUACUGGUGCUCUUGGGAUUAUAGUGGCUAAUCCCACCGAUCUGGUAAAAGUAAGGCUUCAAGCAGAAGGAAAGCUUCCACCUGGUGUGCCAAAACGUUAUUCAGGAGCACUGAGUGCUUACUCCACAAUAGUCAGACAGGAGGGAUUAGCAGCACUGUGGACUGGUGUUGGUCCAAAUAUUGCACGAAAUGCUAUCAUCAAUGCUGCGGAAUUAGCUAGCUAUGAUCAAAUAAAAGAGACAAUUCUUAAACUUCCAGGAUUUUCAGAUAAUGUAUUUACACAUCUUUUAGCUGGUCUUGGGGCUGGUUUUUUUGCAGUAUGUAUUGGAUCCCCGGUUGAUGUGGUCAAGUCCAGAAUGAUGGGAGAUUCCGCCUACAAAAAUACACUCGAUUGUUUUGUGAAGACCUUCAAAAAUGAUGGACCUUUAGCUUUCUACAAAGGUUUUAUUCCAAAUUUCGGCCGCUUGGGAUCAUGGAAUGUGAUCAUGUUCUUAACUUUGGAACAGGUGAAAAAAAUUUUUGUGAGAGAAACUCCAAAUUGACAGUUCAAAGUGCAGCACCAAAGGCCAUAAUUUUUAUUUAAGUUUUUCAGCUGAUUUUUCCUAAAUGCUGAAUAUUGGUGAGAUACCAUUAAUAUUCUUCCCCGGUGAGAUUAAUUGGGGCAUUUAAGAUGCAUCAAUUUAUUCAGAAAAUAGUUUAUCUAAGCGUCAAAUGUUUGGUGGAACUCAACUACCAUUUCUCUAUCAGCAAUAAAAUUUAUUUUAAGCGUUAAUGGUGUGAAUUGCUUGC